AUGUAUGAUGCUGACGUACCAAUCCGGGAUAGGACGGGAAGUGGCGGGAGGGGGUGGACGUGGGAUGGAAUAGGUGGACGUGGGAUGGAAUGGGUGGACGUGGGAUGGAACAGGUGGACGUGGGAUGGAAUAGGUGGACGUGGGAUGGAAUGGGUGGACGUGGGAUGGAAUGGGUGGCUGAAUAUGGGAGAUGAUAAGAUGAAAUGA